AUGUAUGUAGCGGCUCUCAUAUACGUCGAUGAUGUCAUCAUGGUGGGAAAUAAUGAUGCAAAGAUCCAUGACGUAAAGAGACACCUUAACAAUCGUUUUAGCAUCAAAGACUUGGGGCCUUUGAAGUAUUUCUUGGGAAUCGAGGUGGCUCGUACUAAUGAGGGACUAGUGUUGAGCCAACAGAAAUACAUGUUUGAUAUUUUGAAAGAUAGUGGUCAGCAUGGUUGUCGGCCCAACCCCUCCCCAAUGGAGCAAAAUCUCCAUCUGGACGAAGCCAUCGAUAGUCCACCAGUUGAUGUUGCACAAUAUCGACGACUGAUUGGGAGAUUGUUGUAUUUACAAGUAACGUGUCCGGACAUUGCUUUUGCGGUCAAUAUGCUCAGUCAAUUCCUGGCAAACCCAUGUAAAAGGCAUAUGGAUUCUGCCAUUAGAGUGUUACGAUACUUGAAAUCGACCCCUGGCCAAGGAAUUCUCCUACCUAAAGACGGUGAUCUGAGCCUUAAGGAUUUUUGUGAUGCUGACUGGUCGGGUUGUUCCUUCACGCGAUGCUCCCGCACUUGUUAUUUGAUUUUCUUAGGAGAAGCUCUGGUACCUUGGCGAACAAAGAAGCAGUCAGUUGUCUCUAGAUCGUCGGCCGAAGCUGAAUAUCGCACCAUGGCUACUACUGUGAGUGAGAUCCUAUGGUUGUGUUGGCUUUUACACGACCAUGAGGCUGCCCCUGUCGGACCCACACCACUAUAUUGUGACAACAAUGCAGCCCGACAAAUCGCAAAUAACCCAGUUUUUCAUGAAUGCACCAAACACGUAGAAAUGGAUUGUUACUUCAUACGUGAAAGAGUCGAGUCUAAUGAGAUAGAACCCUUAUACAUAGACACGAAGCAUCAGGUGGCAGACAUCUGCAUCAAAGCUCUUGGAGCUGAACGCUUCCGCUUUCUUUUAGGCAAGAUAGGCGUUCGUGAUCUUCACGCUCCAUCUUGA